AUGACGGAGAGAAGGUCAACAGUCCAACAACAACAACUGAGGACUCCAUCAACAACAACUGAUGACGGAGAGAAGGUCAACAAUCUAACAACAACAACUGACGCCGUAGGGAAUGUCAAGAGUCCAUCAGCAACAACAACUGAUGACGGAGAGAAGGUCAACAAUCUAACAACAACAACUGACGCCGUAGGGAAUGUCAAGAGUCCAUCAGCAACAACAACUGACGCCGUAGGGAAUGUCAAGAGUCCAUCAGCAACAACAACUGAUGACCUAGAGAAGGUCAACAAUCUAUUAACAACAACUGACCACGCAGAGAAUGGCAACAGUCUAUCACCAACAACUGACCACGCAGAGAAUGGCAACAGUCUAUCACCAAGAACUGACCACGCAGAGAAAGUCAACAGUCUAUCAUCAAUAACUGACGACGUAGGAAAUAUCAACAGUCUAUCAAAAACAACUGACGACGUAUGGAUUGACAACAGUCUAUCAACAACAACAACAACUGACGACGUAGCCAAUGUCGACAGUCUGCCAUCAACAACUGAGGACGUAGGCAAUGUCAACAGUCUAUCAACAACAACUGACGACGUAGGAAAUGUCAACAGUUUAUCAACAACAACUGACGACAUAAGCAAUGUCAACAGUCCAUCAACAGCAAUUGACGACGUAUGGAUUGUCAACAGUCUAUCAACAACAACUGACGACGUAUGGAUUGACAACAGUCUAUCAACAACAACAACUGACGACGUAGCCAAUGUCGACAGUCUACCAUCAACAACUGACGACGUAUGGAAUGUCAACAGUCUAUCAUCAACAACUGACGACGUUGGGAAGGUCAACAGUCUAUCACCAACAACUGACCACGCAGGGAAUGUCAACAGUCUAUCGACAACAACUGACGACGUAGGAAAUGGCAACAGUGGAUCAACAACAACUGACGACAUAGGUAAUGUUAACAGUCCAACAACAACAACUGGCGACGUAGCCAAUGUCGACACUCUACCAUCAACAACUGUUGACAUUCCAUACGUAGCCAAUGUCGACACUCUACCAUCAACAACUGGCGACGUAGGGAAGGUCAACAGUCUAUCACCAACAACUUACCACGCAGGGAAUGUCACCAGUCUAUAA